GUCUCUUCAGGUGGCGACUGGUUGACUCAAGUAGAGGUUGGGCUGUGAUUGGCAGGCUCUGACGGCUCGGGCGGUGAUUGGGUAGCUCAGACAGCUGUGAAGCCCGCCAGCUUGGGCCAGUGAUCAGUGUUGUGUCGCAUGAAAUCCAUCCCUGUUUCCAGAUUUCAGUGAAAACUUCAUAAAUCAAACACUUGUUUAUUUUGUUUUAGCAGCCUGGCAGGAUGAGUUCUGGAAAUACCCUUGAAGAUGAAGAUACUUUUAAAAUUUUGAUUGCAACUGACAUUCAUCUUGGCUAUUUGGAAAAAGAUGCCAUAAGGGGAAAUGAUACCCUUGUUACCUUUGAUGAGAUUUUAAGAUGUGCGCAGGAUAAUGCGGUUGAUUUUAUACUGUUGGGAGGCGAUCUCUUUCAUGACAACAAACCCUCCCGCAAGACAUUGCAUACCUGUAUGGAGUUAUUGAGAAAAUACUGCAUGGGUGAUAAUCCAAUACAGUUUGAAAUCUUAAGUGACCAGUCGGUUAAUUUUGGUUUUAGCAAAUUUCCCUGGGUAAACUAUCAAGAUGGAAAUUUAAAUGUCUCUAUUCCUGUUUUCAGUGUUCAUGGGAACCACGAUGACCCUACAGGGGCAGAUGCACUGUGUGCCUUGGAUCUUUUGAGCUGCGCUGGAUUAGUAAACCAUUUUGGUCGGUCAAUGUCUGUUGAGAAGAUUGACAUCAGCCCUGUUUUGAUGCAAAAAGGAGAUACUAAGCUGGCGCUCUAUGGGUUAGGAGCCAUCCCAGAUGAGCGUCUCUAUCGAAUGUUUGUAAAUAAACAAGUUACUAUGCUCAGGCCAAAGGAAGAAGAAGAUAGCUGGUUUAACAUAUUUGUCAUUCAUCAAAACAGGAGCAAACACGGAGUUACCAAUUACAUUCCUGAACAGUUUUUGGAUGAUUUCCUUGACCUUGUCAUUUGGGGACAUGAACAUGAGUGUAAAAUAGCUCCCACAAGAAAUGAACAGCAACUUUUCUAUGUUUCACAGCCUGGAAGCAGUGUUGUCACUUCUCUUUCUCCAGGAGAAGCUGUAAAAAAACAUGUUGGGUUGUUGCGAAUCAAAGGAAAGAAAAUGAACAUGCGGAAGAUUCCUUUGAAAACAAUUCGCCAGUUCUUUAUUGAGGACCUUGUUCUUGCAGAUCACUCUGAUAUAUUUAACCCAGAUCAUCCCAAGGUCACACAGAAAAUAGAGGCUUUCUGUGUAGAGAAGGUAGAAGGAAUGUUGGAUGCUGCUGAAAGUGAACGUCUCGGAAAUCCACACCAACCAGAAAAGCCUCUCAUAAGAUUGAGAGUGGAUUACAGUGGUGGAUUUGAACCUUUUAAUACCCUUCGAUUUAGCCAGAAGUUUGUAGAACGAGUGGCCAACCCCAAGGACAUAAUUCACUUUUUCCGGCAUAGAGAACAAAAAGACAACAAAGAUGAUGCACAGAUUAAUUUUGGAAAAGUUGCAAAUAGAUCUUCAGAGGGAAUGCACUUAAGAGUGGAGGAUCUAGUCAAACAGUAUUUUGAGACAGCAGAAAAAAGUGUCCGGUUGUCACUAUUGACUGAAAGGGGAAUGGGGGAAGCUGUGCAAGAGUUUGUUGACAAGGAAGAAAAAGAUGCUAUUGAUGAGCUGGUAAAAUUUCAACUGGAAAAGACCCAGCGGUUUUUGAAAGAGCGGCACAUUGAUGCUACCGAAGACGAAAUUGAUAAAGAAGUUCUCCAUUUUCGUGAAACCCGGAAAAAAAACACAGCUGAAGAAGAUGAAGAAGUUCAAGAAGCAAUGAAUAGAGCCAGAGCACAUAGAAUUGAAGGAAAAGAAGUUUCAAGAUUGAUUAGCGAUGACGACAUGGACGUUUCUGAAGAAAAGGCUGCAGACUCUGAUGAAAGCAGUAUGUCUGUGGUUAUCAGAGGGCGAGGCAGAGGUCGUGCAAGGGGUAACAGUAGAGGCCAGAGCUCUUCCACAGGAAGAGGAGGAUCCAAAAGAGGAAGCAGGAGCAGCGGAAGAGAAACUGGCAAAGAAUUAAAGGUCUCCAGCAGGACAUACAAAGCUCCGGUAGUUACUCCAGUGAAGAAUAUGCUGAUCAUGGAAGCCUUUAAAGCAUCCAGUCAGCGUCCAGCACGGACUGGGCAUCAAGGUCCUUGUGAGGAGGUUAUAAUAAGUGAUGAUUCUGAUUUGGAAGAAACUUUUUCAUCCAGUUCCUCAAAACAAAAUCAAGGGAAUCCAAGCAGAUUAGCAUCUUCAAGUAAAAGAGGUUCGCAAAGCCAAUCUAAAGGAGUAAAUUUUGAUGAUGAUGACGAUGGUGAGGAAGACUUUGACCCCUUCAAAAGCUCUGCAACCUUCAGAAGAAAUAGAAGAUAACUUGUCAAGCUCCUAUAAUGUGCUGAUGUUUUAAAUUCAACAGUUUAUCAGUUUCAAUUUUGUUGCGACAACAGUUAUCCAUCUAUAGAAAUAAAAAAAUGUCCUAGCUGAAACAUUUGUUCAUUUUAUGUGGCAGCUGUGUCAAAGAUGGAUGUGAAUACUUCUAUAUAUACAAUAUUGUUUCCCAUUUUAAUAAUCAAUAUUCAAUGUGAACCAUAUUUUUCUAAAAGUGCUCCAUGAUACUUCUAAAACUGUUGCUCAAGCUGCCUUGAAAUAUUUUUAACCCAUAGAAUGGUCUUUACUUGUCAGAUAUCCUUGAAUCUGCAAGGAGUCAAAAAAGUAUUGCCCUCAUGUAAAAUUUUGCUGCAAUAAAAAAUUGACUUGAGAUUUAGGUGCAUGUAUUUUAGACCUGUCUUUUUCAGUGCCAUAUAUAAUGCAUGCACAAAUCUAGAUCCCAUUGGUUAAAAAUAUGGGUAUCACUUUUAAGUAUGUGAGAUAUUCAUAAGCAUGUAUCAGUUUAGCUUAAUACUUUGUAGUUACUAGUCCUGGAGCUUAGCAAUUUUCAGUAACGAGACUGUUGAAGAAAAUACUCAAUAUUAAAUAGAGCAGGGUAUUUGUGUUUAACUUAAUCUGUUGAAAAUCAGUUUGAAUUUACAUUAGAAAUGCUUCUGUAUAUGACUAAGCUAAUGUUUAAGAUUGUAUUUUGUUCAGAAGGAACAGUGUAAUUAUCUUUAUGUAAAAAUUCUCAACCACGAUAGUUUCAUACUUAAAAGCACCAUGUGUAUAAAUAUAUUUUCUGAAA